CGGGUUACAAGAACGUGAUGACGAACAACGCUCUCUUUUUGCCGCAUCUACUGCGAGGAUGAAGACCAUUCUCAGCAAUCAGACGGUCGACAUCCCGGAGAAUGUCGACAUCACCCUGAAGGGACGCACGGUGAUCGUGAAGGGCCCCAGAGGAACCCUGCGAAGGGACUUCAAUCACAUCAACGUAGAACUCAGUCUUCUCGGAAAGAAAAAGAAGAGGCUCCGAGUUGACAAAUGGUGGGGGAACAGAAAAGAGCUGGCUACAGUUCGUACCAUCUGCAGUCACGUGCAGAACAUGAUCAAGGGCGUUACACUGGGCUUCCGAUACAAGAUGAGGUCUGUGUAUGCUCACUUCCCCAUCAACGUUGUUAUUCAGGAGAAUGGUUCUCUUGUUGAAAUCCGAAAUUUCUUGGGUGAAAAAUAUAUCCGCAGGGUUCGGAUGAGGCCAGGUGUUGCUUGUUCUGUAUCUCAAGCCCAAAAAGAUGAGUUAAUUCUUGAAGGAAAUGACAUUGAACUUGUAUCGAACUCAGCUGCUUUGAUUCAGCAAGCCACAACUGUUAAAAACAAGGAUAUCAGAAAAUUUUUGGAUGGUAUCUAUGUUUCUGAAAAAGGAACAGUUCAGCAGGCUGAUGAAUAAGAUCUGAGUUGUCCAUCUGCAGAAACAGCGAGAAGCCGGAUGAUUUUUCAGACUUAUUUGUGAUAUUUUAAAGAUGCAAUAAAAGCUAUACUGAUUUGUGGC